AAGUCCAGUGCUGCAAAGCCCCUGUCCUGACAGUUUUAAAUGUUUAACCUCCUCCAACACACCUGAUUAAAAGAUCUUCUGAUCAGCAAGCUUUGCAGCUACUGCACUACACCGUCAAACGAUACAGUUCAUUGCUCCAUAUGAAUUACAGUAUAACAAUGACAAUACAAAUUAACAUCAGCAUGUUGGUGCGGCUCUGGACAAGUGUUACAUUUUCUCACAUGAUGACCCCUUCGGAAAAUUAUUAGUUAUGAAAUCAAAUGAACCCCCUUACGUUUUGAAAACGUGUCUCUAACUCAUUUGAAGUUUGCAGGAGCGACAGCGAAGUUAAAUCGUGUACUGGCCUUUUAAGGGUUACGUAUAUGUAGUCAAGGCAAUGUUGUGUUUACUUCCGGGUUAUCGUCGCUCAAACUAGAGGGACGCAAACACGCCCAAGGCGCGGAGCAAAGCGGAUUAAAGUCCCGCAGAGAUGGCGGGGGAGGAGAUGGAUCACAUUCCUGAAUCCGGAGCAGUUUUCACAUUCGGGAAGAGUAAAUUUGCAGACAACGUUCCCAGUAAAUUUUGGCUUAAAAAUGAUGUUCCUCGAAAAAUAGCCUGUGGUGAUGAGCAUACGGCCUUGUUAACAAAAAAUGGGAAACUAUUCAUGUUUGGCAGCAACAAUUGGGGACAGCUCGGUCUGGGAUCCAAGAUGACAGUCAAGAAGCCCACUUGUGUCAGAGCUCUCAAGUCAGAAAAAAUCCAACUCGUGGCCUGUGGAAGAAACCAUACGCUCAUCUGUACAGCUCAGGGGCAUGUGUACGCCACAGGCGGCAACAGUGAGGGUCAACUGGGUCUCGGCGACUGCGAUGAGCGAACGUCCUUCCAGAGACUGAAGUUCUUUGAUUCCUGCGGGCCAAUCAAAAUGCUUGCUGCUGGCUCAAACACAUCAGCUGCCCUCACUGAGAGCGGUAAGCUGUUCAUGUGGGGGGACAACUCAGAGGGUCAAGUCGGCUUGGGGAAGGAGAGCCAUGCAUGUUCGCCUCAGGAGGUCAGCGCGGGACAGCCCAUCGCAUGGGUGUCCUGUGGAUACUACCACUCUGCGUAUGUGACAGCGGACGGAGCUCUGUACACAUUCGGAGAGCGGGACAGUGGUAAACUGGGUCUGGGAACAGACCAGCUGGCUCAUCAUCGAUUCCCUCAAAUUGUGAAGAGCAUGCCUGAGCCGGUCACUCAGGUGGCCUGUGGUGGCGGACACACUGUGGCCAUUACAGAGAAUGGAGUUUAUGCCUUCGGCCUGGGUCAGUUUGGUCAGCUGGGCCAUGGCACAUUCAUAUUUGAAUCACGGCUGCCGCGCCAGAUAGAGCACUUCAAGAAAGGUCGAGUGUGCCAGGUGGCAUGCGGCGAGAACCACUCAGCGGUCAUCACAGAGAGGGGUCUGCUUUACACCUUUGGUGACGGCAGACAUGGCAAACUGGGUCUGGGAGAAGAAAACUUCACCAACCAGUUCAAGCCAACUCUGUGUCCGCGCUUCAUCAAGUGCCAGGUCCAGGAAGCAGUUUGCGGCGGUUGCCACAUGGUCGUGCUGGCGCGACCCAGAGACGCGAGCUGCGGCGCGGUCUUGCUGGAAGACAAUGACGUGACUGAGGAUUACCUGGAGAAGCCGUAUGUGGAGCUACUGGGGGACCUGGGCGACACCUCCAACCCGGCCCGUGUUCGCCGCAGGGAAAGGGAACAUUUACCGGAGCAGUUAGGCACCAUGUCCGGAACAUCGCCCACGGUGACGUCAAGCUACCUCCAGCCACCACCUCCCGUCUUGAGCCACACCACCGUGCCCAACCUGCCUUCAUCAGAACUGGCCCACAGAAAGGUGCUCCAUAGCGCUCAUCGACAUGGCAACAAGGAACCGUCUGCGGGCCAGGGUGACGACAUUGUGGAGAGCCUGAGUGACACAGACAGUGUGAAAGGUUUGGGAGAAACUACAGAUUUCCUCAACAUGACCCAUAUGAUGAAGAUGGACCCUGGUGAUAAGAUACUCACGCUUUCUCCACUUCACAAGAAGAAGGGUAAACACGGUAAAACCUUAACGAGUCAGAAAGAGAAACCAUUAAAAGAGAGCAAACUCUCGGAGCGGCCUGGCUUCUCUUCAACGUCGCUAUCCCAUAAGCGUGAGGUUGUGGCUGCUCGCACAGCGGCACCCACCAAGCUCAUGAAGAGCUCAAGUGCUCGCUCUCAGAAGAUGACCAAGCAGAACAAGGAGAACCGUAUCGCAGCUUCCAUGCAGGGUUCAGCAGACCUCAAAGCAGCGGGCAGACGGCAGCUUCAGCCAUCGGCAUCCACGAUUCAGCAAGAGAAACCCGAACGGGAACAAAAAGCCAUUUCAAAACAAUACAAAGGAAAACCAACCCGAGUCACAAAGCAGUUUUCAGAAAUCAGUUUAAGCGAUGCGUGUGAAUUGAGCUCACAAGAGCGGCCUGAGGGGAAAGCUAAACCCAAGCAAAUCUGCUCCAAAGAUCCUAAAACAUCAAAAAAUGGGAGAAACAGAAAAGAGGCGGAGUCCAAAAAUGCUGAAGAUAUGUCGUCUUUGCACCUGGUCGCUGGAGCUGCUUCGUUGCUCCAGGAGGUGGCGGCCUUCACUUUGCCUUCGCCGUCUGAGAGCAGCCACCAUGUCACCUCGGACAGAGCGACUCUAUCUGACAGCAAUCGCUCUGCCUUGAGUGUCAGCAGCAGUCCUUCAUCCGAAAGAGGAAGACAAAGCCUUCAGGACUCAGUCAAACAGGACAAGGAGGACGUUGACCAGGACGGACAGACAGAGGUUGAAGAGGAAGAGCGGGUGAGCAAGGUGACAAGUGGAAGCGAGCAAGAGGUCACGGCAAGUCAAAACUCUGAGAAAGUCACUGAACAAGACGAUAGUGACACUCUUAAGCCAGAAGACAAGUCAGGAACUGAUGAGGAGGAAGAAGGUGAAAGUGUUGAGGGGGGGGAGGAAGAAGAAGAGGAAGAAGAAGAAGAGGAAGAAGAGGAGAAAACCCAACCUCUUGGAAAAGAAACAGAGGACAAAGAGAAAGAGAGCAAAGAUUUGAGUGUUGAAGAAGAGACAGAAGAAGGGGAGGAAGAGUCGGGUCAUGAAUCAGAAGGUGAAGACAAGGAGGAGCAUAGAAGUGAGGAGGAAGAGGAAGUGGAGGAAGAAGAGUCUGCUUCUUUGAAGGAAAGUGAUAAUGACAUGUGUGAAGAAGAGGAAGAGGGGGAAAGCAGUGAGGAAGGAGAAAGUGGAAAUGAAUCAGGAGAAGGUGAGGAAGAGAAGACUGAAGAAGAGGAGGGGGAAGAGGAGGAGGAGGAAAAUGAAGAAGAGGAGAAUAGGAGUGAAGAGGAAGGGGAUGAUGAAGAGGAAGAGAGUGAAGAGGAGGAGGAGGAGGAGGGGGAGAGCGGAGAGGAGGAGGAGGAGAGUGAAGAUGAGGAGGAGGAGGAGAGUGAAGAUGAGGAGACUGCAGACGAGGGCAAGACUGAAGAGGAGGAGCAAGAAAGUGAGGAUGAAGAGGAAGAGGAGGAGGAGGAGGAAGAGGUAAAAAAGAAACUAGCUAAAGCUCAGAGACGACCGAGGUCAGCAUUCAAAGGUAAUGCAGCUGGCGAGUCAGAAGAGUUCUGGGAUGACGUUCUACCGCAGUACCUCAACCUCAGAUAACCCUUACGCAAUAUUCUUGUUCUAUUUUGAUUGGAACUCUUCAUGCCUAAACCAAUGCAAUUGUUCUUUAUUUGAUUUCAACCUGCAUUUUGGAAUAAAUGGUCGUUUUAAUUUUUUUUUAUUGUGAUAUGAAAUGCAGUGGCGUUUGAGCAUUUUGGACCUGGGCCUUGAAUAGGGACGUAGGGAUCCUCUUCCACCUUUAAAUACCACCACUACUGUAUUACACUGCAAAAUAAUACUGUAUAUAAAAAGCACAAAUGGACACUGUGUAUUUGAGGAUGGAUCAUGACUAAAGCAAGAAAAAUCAUUGAACAACUCCAAACCUCUUCGGUACGUUCCAAAAUAGCAAUUGACAAUCAAUAUUUAUCUAAUAACAUGACAAAAGCAUUAAAACUUGUCACCUGCAUGUUGUUAUGAUUCCCACUUGAUCUAGGCAGCACACGUCCCGUUUCAAUAUGAUUGUCCGCAUAUUGCAACGCAGGACAGAAAAAUGCCGACAUCAAGCUGAGAGUGGUGAAUCUGAAAUCUGGUUG